AUGAAAGUCAAACCACAACUGGACGAAGCCAUCGCGUACUUACAAGCGGAAAUUGCAGCACUUUGUGCGGAAGAUAAGGAUGAGAAUAUACUAAAACUUGCAGUAGCUGUUGCUGCAGGGAGCGCACCUCUUCCAGAGGCUCAAUUUGGUCCACUUUUAGCUGUUUGGACCCCUAAAACAUCAAGAAAAAAAGAAUUAGGACGCGGGAAAGAAGAAGAUCGAGAUGUUAAGACGGUCGUGGAUCCAGCAAUUGAACGAGUGAGAGAAGAGAGAAGACGACCGAGGACGAGACCUCGAAGAAGAUUUGAAGAUUUCGACAAACGUGACGCAUCACCAUCAGCAAGUGAUGACACACUGACGUCAUCUCCUAGAACAGUUGGUAUUGCUACUGAUGGAACGGAGACAAUGAAGGAGAAGAAGAUGAUGGAAGAGGUAAAGGAUAUUCAGAUGGAAGACAAAGAGAAAAAUGAAGAGAAGAAGGAUAAAGAGACGGAAGAAAAUACAGAGAAUGAAGAAAACAAGAUGGAGGUGAAAGAGAAGAAGAUGGAGAUUAAGGAGAAAAAUAUUGUGCAGGUUGUUGUGGAGAAAGAAGAGAGUGUGAAGAAAAAAGAGGUGAAAAAGAACGAGGUGAAGAAGAAUGAGGUGAAGAAGAAUGAGGUGAAGAAGAACGUGGUGAAGAAGAAUGAGGCGAAGACGGACGAGGUGGAGACACCAAUGGCGAGUUUGAAGGCGUUACGGAAGAGUAUGUUGCUGGAUGUAUUGUCAAAGAUUGUGUCGGUAGCAAAGAGCAAAGAUGUGGAUCCAGCCAUGUUUACACUGACAAAUGGAGAAAAUCAGGCUGGAAAAGAUCAAGUGGAUUUGACUAAGAUAAAGGAUCGAGUUGUUGACGGCGUGAUGUGUGAGUGGACGCAGUUUUCAGAACAGGUUUAUCUCUUUUGUCAGCAUGUGGUGAUGGAUGCAGAGCAGCGCGAGCAGCCUGAAGCGAGACGAAAGGGUAUGGAAUUGCUGCACUUUGCGAGGACGCUUACUGAGACGCUGCGUAAAGUUAGUAUGACGAAAGAGGCCACGUUAAUGCAAAAGAUUCGGGAAGCGAAAACGGAAGCUGCGGCUCGUAAAGAAGAGAAAGAGGCUGCUUGCAAUGAGAAAGCAAUAAAAAAUGACACGGUAGAAGAGAGUACCGCAGACGAGAACCAUGAUCAAGCAAUGAAGGCCACUGCUUUUGAUUCGCACGCGUUAAGUAGUAAGACAGCCAACGACGAAUCUCUCGACUCUAAAUCUCCGCGCGCGUCAACGCUAAUCCGAAAACACACGAGUAUUGCCAGUGAUGGCACUGGUUCUGCAGCUCGCUCUCCUUCUUCGUCCAGUUCUCGAAAACGCAUGCGCAUGACACCUGUAUCUGCUGCGUCCGCGAGCGAGGAAGUGAGUGGCUCGGAAAGUCAUGACGCCUCUGCUUCUGAAGCAGACACGAAGUUGCAUGAACAAAGUAAAACGACCAAGUCUCCAGCAAAUCGUACACCGGCACGCAGGUGUCGACCCUUAUUGCCAGCAACACGUAUCAGCUCGCGUCAACAGAAACGACGAGCUGCUGCUGCUGCAGCAGCGGCGGCUGCCGAUAGUACUGGUAGUGGUAACGAAGAAGAGCAUAGCGGUAGUGAGGCUCUUACCUCGGUGGCGGAAAAAGAAGGUGACGAUGCUAAUGAGAAGAAUGAAAAGGCGAGAAAAGUUGAGCAGGAGGAAGCACAACCGAUUUCGAAGAAGAAAAAAGUAGCACCGAAAACGAGGUCUAGAAAAAAAGGUUGGCGCAAGCGAUAA